AUGUCAAUUUCAAACGAAUCCAGUUCUGACAACGAAGAUAUAUCUACAGAUCCUUUGCUGUACGAUAAUUCUAACAUACACGUCUCUGAGGCAGUCUCAUCUAUUCAUAAUUAUAUUGCAACAUGUAAAUUAAACAGUUCACAUCAAAAGAAACUACUUGAUUUAAUAUUUUUUUUAAUUCCGAAAGAUAACAAUUUAAAUCGUCGUAAAUUAAUGAAACAGUUGAAACAACCAUUUUUUUAUAAAACAUUAUGUAAUUGUUGUAGUAAGGAAGUUGAUUUAACAACUAAUGAAUGUUCUAACACCUGCAAAUUAAAUGGAAAAGAGAGAAAUCAAGAAGGAAUCAUAGAACAAUGUAUGAAUGAUCUAAAUCCUUCUGUCAGUGACGUUGUUAAACGAAAUUUACAUUUAAUAACAACUUAUCCCUCUCUAGUUGAUAAAUUUUUACCAAAUGAUAUAUUAAAUGCUAACAUUUAUAAACAAGAAACCCAGUCGAAGUCAUUAUAUAUUAGUUUACAAUUACACAGUGAUGGUAUAGAUGUGAUGACAACCAAACAUAAAAAUUGCUAUGUUACUACCGGUAUUAUUCUUGAAAUUCCACCACCUCUUCGUGAUAUGUCAAAAAAUAAAAUUCUAUUGAGUCUGUACUUCGGAAAAAAAGAACCAUCGAUUGAACUAAUAUACGGAAAAUUAUUAGAAGAUUUAAGUACAUUAAUAAAAACUGUCUAA